AUGGCUCUUCCAAGCACUCAAAAGCAAUGGAUCCUAUGCGGCACCGAGAAAGGACUCGACGAAUGGCAAUUCCGUGACGCAGCCGUGCCACAAGUCGGAAGCCAUGGCGUCCUUGUCAAGAUGCACGCUGCUGGGCUCAACUAUCGCGAGGUCUUGAUCCCUGCAGGCGGUUUCCCAUACCAGCUCAAUCUGCCCGUCGUCGGCGGCUCCGAUGGCGCCGGGGAGGUGCUAGAGGUAGGCGCCGGCGUGACCAAAUGGAGAAAGGGCGAUAGAGGCGAUGCGUACCGCAUGGGUGCUCUGGGCGCCGCGCUGGACGGCACAUUCCAGCAAUAUGCAGUGUUCGACGAGGACUGGCUCGUACGCCUUGCCAGCAACUUGUCAUAUCUCGAAGGUGCUGUUCUGUCCAAUGCUGCGGUCACCGCGUGGAAUGCCCUAUAUGGAGGCCGGUCCCUGAGACCUGGCGAGUGGGUGUUGGUGCAAGGCACUGGUGGAGUCAGUAUGUUUGCACUACAGUUUGCCAAAUCAGGCGGCGCGAAGGUAGUCGCCACGACUUCCAGUGACGCGAAAGCAGACAUACUUCGUCGCUAUGGAGCUGACCAUGUCAUCAACUACCGGACGACUCCGGACUGGGGCGCGGCAGCCAAACAGUUGACAGGACGCAACGAAGGCUUUGACAAUAUCCUCGAAAUUGGUGGCGCCGGAACACUCGAGCAAAGCAUUUCUGCCAUCAGAAAAGAGGGAACCAUCACGGUCAUUGGCGUCGUAACUGGAUUGGUGGCACCGGUCAACCCGCUGGAGACUGUUUACAAGAUAUUCACCCUUCGAGGUAUCCACGUCGGCUCAAAGGUCCAAUUUGAGGAAAUGAUGGCUGCUAUCGAAGCAAAUGCGAUCCAGCCAGUGAUCGAUGGGACUCAUUUUGCUCUUGAAGACCUGCGCGAAGCGCUGGAGUAUCUUAAAGAGCAGAAGCACGUUGGAAAGGUCGCCAUCAAGAUCGUCUGA